UUUAUUUAGGAAUAUUUAUUUCGUAUCAGUUUAUAGUAAUUUUUAGCCAUCAUGUCUUCCAUUGAACUUCAAGAAAGCUCAUCAGAACCUUCUAGUCCGGCUGUGAUGGCAAAUCAGAAAAAAUCCUCAAGCGUUUUCAGUCAAUUGUCCCUCAUGAAGCAGGAUUUGACAGGGUUUUUGGUCUACGCCAUCAUCUGCGCUGUUCUCGGUAUGUUCCAGUUCGGCUUCAACACUGGAGUGAUCAAUGCUCCACAGGAUUUGAUCAAGUCGUUCAUUGCGGAUAUUUGGAAGGAUCGAUAUGAGAAAGACAUAGACGGAAGCAAACUUGAUUUUUUGUGGUCUGUGGCAGUUUCAAUCUUUGCUAUCGGUGGUAUGAUCGGAGGAUUUUCUGGAGGUUUUGUCGCUAACCACUUCGGAAGGCGAGGUGGCUUGCUCAUGAAUAAUGUUCUUGGUGUCAUUGGUGGUUGCCUCCUGGGGUUUGCGAAGAGCGCCUUUUCUUACGAGAUGCUGAUAUUCGGACGUUUUCUGAUCGGCGUGAAUUGUGGACUCAAUACGUCUCUAGCCCCGAUGUACAUCAGUGAAAUAUCUCCGUUGAAUCUACGCGGUGGACUGGGUGUUGUGAAUCAAUUAGCUGUGACGAUCGGACUGCUGCUGUCUCAAAUUCUCGGCAUUGAACAGAUUCUUGGAACUGCCAGCGGAUGGCCCAUUCUCUUGGGUCUAGCAUUGUGUCCUGCAGUUAUUCAGUUGGUCCUGUUGCCUAUGUGCCCCGAGUCCCCGCGUUACCUACUAAUAUUGCGAAAUCGGGAGGACGACGCUCGAAAAGCAUUGACGCGAUUGAGGAAUUCAUUGGACGUCGAGGAUGAUCUCCAGGAAAUGCGCAAAGAAGAAAGGAUUCAUUCGCAAGAGCCAGAGGUAUCAAUGAUGAAGUUGAUCACAUCGAAAUCGCUGCGAAUGCCGCUCAUCAUCAGCGUUAUUAUGCAGCUAUCGCAGCAGUUAUCUGGGAUAAAUGCUGUUUUUUAUUAUUCCGUCGGUUUUUUCGAAAGUGCUGGGCUGUCAGCUUUGGCUGCUCGAGGUGCCACAAUAGGAGUCGGUGCGGAAAUGGUGAUAAUGACGAUUGUGUCGAUUCCGCUGAUGGAAUCGGCUGGACGAAGAACUCUUCACUUGUUCGGUUUGGGGGGAAUGUUUAUAUUUUCUCUGUUCAUCACGGUUUCGCUUCUUCUGCGCGCUACAAUGGAAUGGGCAAGUUACUUAUCAGUGAUCUGCACAUUAUGCUUCGUGGUAUUUUUUGCUGUUGGACCUGGCUCAAUUCCAUGGAUGAUAACUGCUGAACUUUUCUCCACUGGCCCGCGACCAGCAGCCAUGUCAAUUGCCGUGCUGAUCAAUUGGCUUGCAAAUUUCGCCGUUGGAAUUAGCGUGCCUCCGUUGCAGCGUUUGUUGGAAGACUAUACUUUUGUUCCCUUCACCGUUCUUCUUGGAGGAUUUUGGGUAUUUACCUACAUGUUUGUUCCAGAAACCAGAGGCAAAACGUUCGAGGAAAUCUCGAGACUUUUCCGACGCGAUGAACCUAAGACAAGGUUCGUGUCGGAAUUCAUUUUCAUCAAAUCUCCCGGUUUGCUUAUGGUCAUGUUGACAGAAAUCAGUCAUGCGCUCAAAUACCUGUAA